AUGAAUCAAGAAGAUACUAAUGAUUAUGUUAAAUUUGAAACAACAAAUGUUACAAUAGAUGAUAUUUUAAAAUGUUCUUUCUCAAAUUGGUGUAAUUUGUUUAAAGAUAAUUUAUAUUCUUAUAGAAUUAUUAAACCACUUCCAGAAAGUUUUAUAGAAUAUUUAUUAAGUGAUGGGAUUAAACUAAAUUCAAAAAAUCAAAAAAUAGAUCAAAAUAGUGACAACGAAUAUAGUGAUUGGGAAGAUGAGGCAAAUGUUGAAACUGAAGAAGAAUCAAAAGACGUGCAUUCAAAAUUCCCUGAACUUCAUGAACAAAUUAUCAAAGACAUCAAACAACUAGGGGGUAAAGUUAUACCAAAAUUAAAUUGGUCAAGUCCUAAAGAUGCUAAUUGGCUUCUACCGGGAAAUAAUAUUAACUGUACAGAUGUAAAUGACAUAUAUUUAUUACUUAAAUCAUCAGAUCAUAUAGUGGAUGAUUUAUUAUAUCCAUUUCUGGAAGUAGAAAAGAAAGAGAUUGAUAUAAAAGUUGAAUAUGAAUUAAUUUUAAAAAAAUGGAUAGAUAUAAAUCCAGCACUUGAAUUUAGAAUUUUUGUUAAAGAUGGACAAAUAUUAGGAAUUUCUCAAAGAGAUUUAAAUCAUUAUGAAUUUUUAAAAGAUUUACAAACUCAAUUAAAUGAAAUAAUAAAUCAAUUCAUGUUAGAAGCAAUUGAUAAAUUGAAAAAAAUUGACUUAAACAGUUUUAUAAUUGAUAUAUAUAUUCCAAGACCUUUUUCAAAAAUUUAUAUAAUUGAUAUAAAUCCCUUUUCGAGAAAAUCAAAUAGUUUAUUAUUUACAUGGAAUGAAUUACUUACUAAAAAAUUUGAAAAACCUGAAUUUAGAUUAAUUAAUGAAACUAAUGUUGGAGCAUUUGCUAAGAAGCAAUAUAGUGAGAGUCAGGUUCCUAUUGAUGUAGUUGGUGCUACUCAUGAUUCAGAAGCUUUGAUUGAAUUGGCAAGAGAAUGGGAUAAGUUACAGAAACAGGAAGAUGAAUAG